CGCACUACACAGCAGACACACAACUCUUGCUGGCGAGAGGGCGUGAAGGAGAGUCGGAGCGAGCAGGAGAGAGAGAGAGAGAGCCCGUCCCCCCUCCCCUUCUCCUCUCGCUUGUGUGCGCUCUUCCGAUCUUCUUCGUUCUUUUUGGAAAAAGAAAAAAAAAAAAGAAAAAGCUUUUUACUCGUGAUUCACCCACCACCUAGUCCCCUCCUCCCUCCCUUCACCUCUCCGUCGCCCGGUCGUAACCCUAACCCUAGCGAUCGAUACCAUGGACUCCAUCCCUGAUCCCUCCUCCUCCAAACCUACCCGCCACCCCCCGUCUCCAUGGUCCUGCGUCGUCCGCGGCGAUCCCGACGGGUCCCCUUCCUCCCCUCCGCCUCCGCCGCCGCCCACCGCCGCCGCUGUCGUCGUCGCCGCCCCGAUCCCGCCGCCUCCGGAAGCGGCAGCGGACCCCGUGUCGCCGUUGGAUUCGGUCUCCGAUGGUGCAGAUAAGGGGAGCUCCGCCGCCGCCGCCGCCGCCGCCGCCGCUGCUGCCGCCCCCCUGGUGAAGAAGGCAGCUUGGAAGCGCCCCGCGGAUGGCUCGAUCGAGGUCGGCCCCGUCAUGGGCGCGGUGUUAUGGCCGGCACUCUCCGAAUCAACGAAGGCAGCUUCCAAACCCUCGCCAUCGGCCUCGUCGUCAUCAUCAUCAUCAUCAUCCGAUUUUUUGAAAGGCUCGGAUGGAUCGGCCUCUGCUUCUCCUGGGCCUAUGAUCGCUGCCUCUUCCCCGAGAGCAAACUUGAACAAUCCAAACCCUAAAUCGAACCCCAACCACGCUGCUUCCCAGCGGGAGAAAUCUAUGAAACAUGGCAUGCUGGCAAACGGCUGGCCGUCGCAGCCGCUCAUCAUCAACCCAGACAAGCAGCCAAGCCCUGAUCCUUCUCCAAAAGACCAACCUAACAUAAACCGCAACAAUUGGGAGCAUGGCACUAGGAGUGGGGACCAGGGGCGGGGUUACGGUGGCACCCAUCGGAGGGGAAAUAAUGGCAGUGGCAGCAGCAGUGGCGGUGGUGGGGGUUCCCAUCAUGGUGGCUAUAAUGGUAGGCGUGAUCAUGGGCGCGGGGCAGGAGGAGGCUUUGAUGGAUAUUAUCGGAAUGCAAAUGUUAGAGAUGUCCAUGUGGCCCAGCAGCCACGGAGUAUUCGGCCGCCGCCGCCGCCACCAUUUGUUAGGGCACCUCUGCAUGUCCCACCACCACCUCCUUUUAUCAGCCCGCCUUCGCUAGCCAGGCCUUUUGGGCACCCCAUGGCUUUCCCUGAAAUGCAUUCUCCUGUGUACUAUGUCCCGGCACCCCCACCUCCGGAGGCUAUAGGAGGCUUGGCUUUUGUUGCUCAUCCGGCAGCUACCCCUAUUAUUUUUCCGCCGAUGGAUCCACAGAAGGCAAAGCUACUUACGCAGAUAAAUUACUACUUCAGUUCGGAGAAUUUGUGUAAGGAUAUAUAUUUGCGGCAAAAUAUGGAUGAACAGGGUUGGGUUCCUUUAUCCUUGAUUGCGAGCUUCAACAAAGUCAGAGAAAUCACCAAUAGCCUGGAGUUUAUAGUAGAAACAGUGCAGUUAUCAACCGUGGCGGAGCUACAGGGAGAUAAGAUAAGGAGGCGCAAUGACUGGAUGAAUUGGGUGCUUCCCAAACCUAACAAUAUUAUUUCUGCUUCUGGUCCAUCCUCUCCUGCUACUCCUGCUUCUGCUGCUACCAAUGUGGAUACUCUUUCUGCUCAUUUUCAAACUUUCGGACUGGAUGCGAUGAACAUUCGAAGUCGCAUGAGGGGACCAACUCGUGCAGAUUCAAUUCUUAACCGAUCAGCGUCUGGUAAUAAUCUUAAUACCUGGCCACAAAGGGGGGAUAUUCACGGCAAUGGGGUAAAUCAUGCUUUUACUGGGCAUACUGAUUCAAGUGAACAAAAUUCUGCAAGGAGUUUAGCCAGGAGUGACACCUUAUGAGCUUUAGUUUAAGAAAAUUCUGUGGAGGGGGCAUAUAUUGGGAAGGGAUCAAAAGAAGUUUAGGAAAGGAUCCUCUGGUUCGGGUAAUAUGUUUUCCUUGUUUAGUUAUGGGCGUAAUAAACAGCAUUGAAAAAAAGAGCUAAAUGCAAACAAAGACACAAACUAUAAGAAUUAGAGAAAAUUAAAACAAAAAUAGAAGAUAGGGGGAGAAUUAAGCCAACAAUUAGGUGUGUUUUAUCUUAUGGUUUAAGUGGUGGUUCUUUUGGAUGGCGGUAUCUCAUUAUGGCCGUUGGCUGGUAUCUGUUCCCAUCAGACUUCAGUUUGGCUGCAAACCUCCAACCUUUUUUUUUGGGGGAGGGUCUGAGCUGUCAUUUUGAGAGUCAGGAUAAGAUGAGCAAUAGGUUUGGCUGCUUUCCUUUUCAGAUCCUUCUAAAGACUCAUUUUUUAAUUCAUUUUUCUUUCCACUUUUUAUUAUCAUUUCACCUUAAAAGAAGGCAUAAAUUAAUUACUUGCUGCUAGACAGCUAUCAGAUACUUACUGUAAAAAUCUAUCUUUUAUUUGGACUAUGAAUUCGUGCUUUUCUAUUCA